AUGGAUGGGUUCGUACACUCCCAGAGGGGCCCAGAUGACGAGGCCGAAGUGAUCGGAUCCACGACGCCAUCCCCGGCCUCAACAGCCGGCACUGAGCCGUCGGCCUUAGACCGCAUCGGAGAGGAGCUGCGCAUCAUAGCGAAUUCCAUGGCAACUAAAAAUUAUUUGCUUUCCAACACAACCGCCAUACAAGAUGCCCUCUGGGGGGAAAUAGCGGGGAUCCGUACAGAAGUUGGCGCCCAAGCAGGCCGCAUCCAAUCCCUAGAACCAGCCCUCGAGACGAAGACAGCUAGCAUCUCCACGACGGAUACAGCGAUAUCCAGACAGGGAGAGCUACUACUCACCAUGCGGCGCGCCAUAGAAGAUAUGGACAACAGGGACCGCCGCUGUAAUAUUAGAAUACGGGGGUUCCCUGAGUCAGACGGAGGGGAAAACGUAGAGGAGCUCCUCUCAGGCCUAUUCCGCAACAUACUGCAGCAGGAGGCGCCGCCGCGCUUUAAAUUUGACAGAGCACACAGAGCCUUGCGACCUCGCGCACCAGAGGAAG